GUUUGAGAACAAUGAGAUAAGAUACACGUAACGUCAUAAGCAUUCACGAGAACCUGUGCACUAAUAAUUUGACGUCAUUAACUGUCGUAGUUUGUGACUGUGAGUCAUUCCUGGAAAGUACACCUAACUCCUACAUCCGUUUCACAACAGUCUGUGGGAUUACUAUUUUCAUUGAGAACUGAGAAUAGUCAGUGCAAGGACGUGUUCCAUUGAAGAACUUCCUACUUCCGCUUAUUUGGGAAAGUUGCUGUGCAGGAUGGAGAGCUCAUCGAACAUGCCUCUUGAAUGGUUAUUUGGUCGGCGCAUGACGCCGGAGGAGAUGCUGAGGAAGAAUCAGCGGGCACUAAACAAAGCGAUGCGAGAUCUUGACAGAGAAAGAUCAAAGAUGGAACAACAGGAAAAGAAGAUUAUUGCUGAUAUCAAGAAGAUGGCAAAAAUGGGACAAAUGGAUGCAGUUAAAGUGAUGGCAAAAGACUUGGUUCGAACUAGGCGUUAUGCCAAGAAGUUCAUGAUGAUGCGCACCCAGAUUCAAGCAGUAUCUUUGAAAAUUACGACAUUGAAGAGUCAGAAUGCCAUGGCUCAAGCCAUGAAAGGGGUUACGAAAGCCAUGAUGAAUAUGAACAAGCAGCUGAAACUUCCUCAAAUACAGCAGAUAAUGCAAGAGUUUGAAAAACAGACUGAGAUCAUGGACAUGAAGGAAGAAAUGAUGAAUGAUGUUAUUGAUGAUGCUAUGGGUGAUGAAGAUGAUGAAGAAGAAAGUGAUGCAAUUGUAUCACAAGUCCUAGACGAACUGGGUCUACAGAUGACAGAAGGAUUAAGCGAUUUGCCUUCAACUGGAGGUACUCUUGGUGCUACUACUGCCAGCAAGGCACCAGUAGCAGUUGCUGAUGCUGCUGAUGAUGACAUUCAAGCCAGACUUAAUAAUCUCAGGAGAGAGUGAAUAGGUCACGUAAACUUAAUUCACAUUAGAAAAGAAGCAUGCCUGUUGUGCAAUUACAUAUGAUACAUGUAAUAGGAAAGUACAUCACUGUCUCACUGAAGUUUGUUUUCAUAAGCUGUGUGAUGAUUAUUCUACCUGAAUAAUAAAAUCUGUAUGUUAAAGCUUUCUUGUACUUAUGCUUUGCUAUAGCUUCUACAAAAUACAUUAAAUAGUUUUGUAUUUUUUAUAAAUUAUUGUCUUUUGUAGUAGUGAUAUAUUUAGUUGGUAAUGUAGAAGUUUAACAGGGAUGAACUUUUAUAUCUUGUGUCUGUAAGUGAGAUACAGUUGAUUAAUAAAAUUGUAGAUUGCAUUUGGCCUGGUUUAUCCCUGAUGACAAAUUUUUACUUCCCCAUUGUUAUGACUUCAAUCCAGAGUACUGCUAUUGCUUAUAUAAUUAUUCUUAUAUUCAACUGUAAUUGUGUGAUUGUUCAUAGGGAUAUGGGCAAAAGUUUGCCAUAAUUCCAUUCAAUAUAGAAAAAUGUAUAUAUGCGUAAGUCCAGAUUUCAGAGCAAUGCUUUCUUUGAAGCUAUUACAUGUCAUUGGGUACUGUUUUUGCAUACUUUACUGUGUAUUUUAGUAUAUGUACACAGUGAGUUUUUGUAGGAUUAUCCUUUUUUACACAUUUUACUUCCCUUCGCAUAUGUACUUUGAAAAAUGAUGGUGCUGCUGUUUGCUGGCUGUUCAAAUUUCAUUCAGCUCAACAAUUUGGACUUUAUUACUACCCCAUGUCUAUUUUAUCAGUAAAGUUCUUUGUUUCUCGAUUGUCAUGGGGAUAGAGUGCCAAUAACUCUUACAGGCUGUAUUGAUUUGUAAUUACUGAUAUAGACAGCAAUAGAACUUAUGCAGUUGAAAAAAGUUUAUUCUGUAAGCAGUAAAUUUCCCUUACCAACUAACUGGAUAAUUGAAAUACUGUCCAUAAGCAAAGCUCUGUAUGCGUGAUCAGUUUUCUGUGAAUGGAUUAAAUUGCUAUAUUUAUGAAUGAUGCUUAUUGUAUCUGUUUGAGGUUUAUAACUAGAUAAAGACAGCCGACCCCUUAAUGUAGGGGUAACGGUGGGAAAGAAGGAGACUAGAUAAAGAUGGAAUAAAUGGAUCCUUAGCUGAAGUUAUCAUUAUGAAACUGGCCCUGGAGAUCAACUUUAGUGAAAAUAUGUUGUGGUCAUUAUGGUCAUUACUGUGUUCAUUAUCCGGUCUCACAGGCCUGUAGCCUAACCUGACUGUAAUUUUGGAAUAAUGAAAAAUUUAAAGGUGAUAUUUUGAAAGAAAAAUAAGUAAUCAUUAAAAUUUCAUAUCCUUCACCUUUAUUUACUGAUACAUUAUGAGUAAGCAGUAUUGUUCAUUGCAUAUUAAGUACUGUGUUAAGAAUGACUAGAAUUGCAGAUAGAUAUCUUUAGAUAUGUGAGGGUGUCACUAAGAAAUUAUUUGAAAAACCUUAAAUCUCCAGUGAUGAAAUGUUGCUAAAACCAUUUUCUUAAUCAUGAUACUAAAAUGCAAGACUGACAUAAAUUUAAGUAUUGUUAUUUGAUUUUCAUUUAUUUUUAGAAGAUUUUUUUUUUCUUUUUCCCAAGAAAUGUUCAGUAUAAGUGCAUUGUACGCUAACUAUUCAGAAUCCUGUAACCAAUGUAAUGAACUUAAGGUAUAAUUCAUGAGAAACAUGAAACAUACAAAUGAUUAAAAUUUGUAACGAACUGUUUAAGUAUAGAAAUACAAUGGUUUUUACAGAUAUUUACUUCCUUAUAAAUAGAUAUUGCAUAAGACUGUUAAAUGUCAUCCAAAUGUAAAUGGGUCCCUUAACCUACAGCAUGUUUAUAUCUUUUUGUUUUAGGUAUCAUAUUUAAAAGGAAAAUAUCAGUUUUUAAGGUCACAAUAGCUGGUUUUUUUUUUUUUAUUUAGGUGGCAUUAUGGCAACAUUCUCGCUUGAAGUAACUGUCUGGACAUAAGGAGUCAGAGAAAUUAGAAGUAACAACCCUUGGAAAACCAAUUGUGUCACUCAAGUCUGAUAAAAAUCAUUUGGUGACUGUGUCAUAUUGUGUGACUAAGGAGCCAAAAAUAAUUUCAGUCACUUAAUUCAGUGCAAGCCAUAUUGACUCAAUCAGGCUACCUAAAAAUGUAUACCAAGCAGACUGAGUCAGUUUUAUAGAAUUGGAUUCACUAUAUUUUGUUGCCAUUGUACUGUAGUCCAGAGAGUAGUUUGCUUUUAAUUAAGCUUAGGUAACCCGACAAUGAAAGAUAUGCUUAUGGCUAUUAAAUGGAAAUGUCCAUGUCUCAUUGAUGAAAUAAUUUUUUAGAUGGAUGGUAUGCCAGAGUUGAAUUGAAUUUUGUAAUAAGUAGAUAGCUUUGUUAUUUGAAUAUUUGGCUGCAGUGCCUGAAAAACUUUAUUUAGUGUUUUCUGUAAUAUGGAUGUAAUAGUAGGUUGUAAUUUUUACAUGAGAGUUUGUUGUUAAAAGGCUGUAGAUUAUAUAAGGUAUAUUCAUGAAUAAAAAAUUCUCUAUA